AUGCUGCUGCAGCCCGCGCCGUGCGCCCCGAGCGCGGGCUUCCCGCGGCCCCCGGCCGCCUCCGGCGCCAUGCACGGCUCGCAGAAGGACACCACGUUCACCAAGAUCUUCGUGGGCGGCCUGCCCUACCACACCACCGACGCCUCGCUCAGGAAGUAUUUCGAGGGCUUCGGGGACAUCGAGGAGGCCGUGGUCAUCACCGACCGCCAGACGGGCAAGUCUCGCGGCUACGGCUUCGUGACCAUGGCCGACCGGGCGGCGGCGGAGAGAGCUUGCAAAGACCCGAACCCCAACAUCGAUGGCCGCAAGGCCAACGUGAACCUGGCGUAUCUGGGUGCCAAGCCGAGGAGCCUCCAGACGGGCUUUGCCAUUGGAGUACAGCAGCUGCACCCCACUUUGAUCCAACGGACUUACGGGAUGGCCAGCUUUCUCCUCUUCACUCUUCUCACUUUGCCCGAGGCGGCCGGCUUUCCCUGGCCCGCGUCACACUUCGCGGAAUGUCUCUGCAUAUUAUUCUGUCGGCGAGACGACACAGAGCACAUGGGAGUCAGCAUCACCGACGGAAUGUCAUUUCAAAUUCCGCAGUUAGAGACCCGGGUACGGGAAAAUGGGGCAACAUGUACCUGGUAGAGUCUUGCACAAUAAAAGGUGGCUUUUAGGGGCCCCCGGGUGGCUCAGUCAGUUGAGCGUCCGACUUCGUCUCAGGUCAU